AUGGUGAGAUCGUCCAGGCCGAUCAGUGUAUUGAAAACAGUUGAUUUCUGGAAUGUUCUCUGGAGUGAUUUCUGGACUGAAUUGUCCGGGACGAUAGCUGUUUAUAAAGAUGAGACAGAAGCAUAUGAAUGUUUUUGCACUUAUGCUCACGAUAAUGGCUUUAGCGUCCGAAAGGAUCAUCAUAGUUUUUGGCCAAAUUCUAGGAAGAUAAAAUCGAAGGACUUUGUUUGUUCAAAAGCUGGUUUCAAGAAAAAUAAUGAUCUUAAUUCAAGAAAGAGAUUCUCUAGACCAGAUGUCCAAACUGGUUGUCCAGCCAUGGUGAGGUUUGUCACAGAUGAAGAUGGUUACUGGCAUGUCAAAAGAUUUAUUGAAUCCCACAACCAUGAUUUAGGUAGCCCAGCCGUCCGACACCUUUUGAGAUCAUGUAGGAAUGUUGUUGAGGAGAAAGCUUCCGUCCUAAAAUCGAUGACAGAUGCGGGGAUUAGAACCGUUGAUGCAUAUGCCUACCUUGCAGAGGAAGUUGGUGGAUGUGAGAAUGUCAGAUUCUCUAAGAGGGAUGCCUAUAAUUUUAUUCAGAAGGAGAAAAGAGCAAGGAUUGAAAUUGGUGACACUAAUUCUUUGAUUCAAUUAUUUAAAGAUCUACAAGUUGAGGACCGCAUGUUCGCAUGA